AUGUCCCCUGAGUGCGCGCAGACGGCGGGCGCUGAGCCCCUGCUCACCCUGGAGCGAGCCAACCGCACCCGCUUCCCCUUCUUCUCCGACGUCAAAGGCGACCACUGGCUGGUGCUGAGCGCCGUGGAGACCAUCGUGCUGGCGCUCAUCUUUGCGGUGUCGCUGCUGGGCAACGUGUGCGCCCUGGUGCUGGUGGCGCGCCGACGGCGCCGCGGCACGACAGCCUGUCUCGUGCUCAACCUCUUCUGCGCCGAUCUGCUCUUCAUCAGCGUCAUCCCGCCCGUGCUGGUCGUGCGCUGGACCGAGGCCUGGCUGCUGGGCUCCGUCGCCUGCCACCUGCUCUUCUACGUAAUGACCCUGAGCGGCAGCGUCACCAUCCUCACGCUGGCCGCGGUCAGCCUGGAGCGCCUGGUGUGCAUCGUGCGGCUGCAGCGCGGCGCGCGGGGUCCGGGGCGACCGGCGCGGGCCGUGCUGCUGGCGCUCAUCUGGGGCUACUCGGCGCUCGCCGCGCUGCCCCUCUGCGUCUUCUUCAGUGUCGUCCCGCAGCAGCUGCAAGGCGCGGAUGAGGAAAUUCCGACUUGCACACUGGUUUGGCCCAGCAUUGCCGGAGAAAUCUCAUGGGAUAUAUCUUUCGUUACUUUGAACUUCUUGGUGCCAGGACUGGUCAUUGUGAUCAGUUACUCCAAAAUUUUACAGAUCACGAAGGCGUCGAGGAAAAGGCUCACGGUGAGCCUGGCCUACUCGGAGAGCCACCAGCUCCGCGUGUCCCAGCAGGACUUCCGGCUCUUCCGCACCCUCUUCCUGCUCAUGGUCUCCUUCUUCAUCAUGUGGAGCCCCAUCAUUGUCACCAUUCUCCUCAUCCUGAUCCAGAACUUCAAGCAAGACCUGGUCAUCUGGCCUUCCCUCUUCUUCUGGGUGGUGGCCUUCACAUUUGCCAACUCGGCCCUCAACCCCAUUCUCUACAACAUGUCACUGUUUAGGAACGAAUGGAGGAAAAUUUUUUGCUGCUUCUUGUUUCCAGAAAAGGGAGCCAUGUUUACGGACACGUCUGUCAGGAGAAAUGAUUUGUCUAUUAUUUCCGGCUAAUCCGUAUUCCUCCGUAAGCGGAGUCUCUCACUCUGGCGAGCCAUGCAUGGUAUGCUUUAGAAGGGAGUUAAUUUCCAGAACCAUCCACCAGUGUUCCUUGCUUUUAGAAAAUGUAACCUAUGCAAAUACAUGUCUCCAGCACCAGCAAAUUAAGGGAUGA